AUAUAUAUCGAUUUCUGAUCUUUGUUCGACAUUUAUAGGCCACAGCUAGACUCGAGAAGCAGCAGGGAACGGGAAAUUCUUUAGAAGGUGGAAUGUGUUCUAAAGAGCGCAGCUACUUCCAGCGGACUAAUGCGUUUAAAAUCCCAUGCUAAACAUUCAUUUCCCUUUUAGGAAGGUCCUAACUUGACUAUUUAUGACGAUACUUCCACCUCUUCCUUCUUUAUCUGCUAUGACCAACAUCUCAGGCUCAAAAAAGCACAAUUACAAUUACAUAGAGCUAUCUCUUUCAUGCAAAACAGUAGACAAGCUUAGACCAAUAAUUUUGGUACAGAAUUUCUUCAACUUUAAUUCAAUUGCAAUUAAGGUGGCAGAAGGUGGCGGAUACAUACGUAUGUAUCUAUUACAUUUCACAAUAAAGUAAUAUGCCAUUUUAUGUGACUCUUGAAGCGUUGGAUAUCACUGGAACUGUUGCAGCUUUGGAAGAGACCUUAGAUUGUAUCAACAUUAGGUCGGUUCACAGCGAAGCAAAAACAUCUCUUUCCAACAGCAACUCUUCUAGACAUGGUGGAAGAUCUCUUAAUGACAUGAUCUAUCAUCUCACAAGAUUAAUCUAUAACUACAACGCUUGUUCGUUAGGGAUAGUAGCACAAAUCAGAAUAUCAAUUACAUGAAAUGUGGUGAACCCUCAGGAAAUAUAUAUAAGGGAUUAAGACACUUCAUCCCUGAUGGUACAACUCAAUUAAUUCACCAGUUAAACUCACUGUAAUCGAUUAGAUUACACGAUUACAACUUAUAGACAAGAAAAAAUGAUAGAGAAGAUACUUGAAGGAAGG